UGUGUCUGCAAGUGAAUGGCAAAGCUACGUAAACAUAUGUUCGCAGCGCGAGCACAGCCAACUUAAAUGUCGGUAUUUGUCAUUGGUUCCAUAAACCGUGGGGACUGCCGUAUUCCGCCAUAUAGCGAAAUUUUGAAAGGGCCGCAUUUUGAGCUAAUCAGAGAUGCCGUAGCAGCCCUCUGGGCCAAUCAAACCUGACAAGAUGACGAAUUCGACAGUGUGGUGGAAUUUGACAAUGUUUAGAAUAGUACCCCCGGAGUUUGUUUCAUCUGUACACUGCCAAGCCAUGCAUGGAAGUCAGCUUUCUGAUAUCCUUGAAAAUUGAGGUAUGUAGUCGCUGUAUCCUGCUGCUAUGCAUCUGCAUGGGCGUAGAAAGAAAGAAAGAAAGAAAGAAAGAAAGAAAGAAAGAAAGAAAGAAAGAAAGAAAGAAAGCAGGCAAUAAGCAAGCACAGGAUUGAACGGCGAGAUAUGGAAAGGAACUUGGAAGACGUGAUGUUAAGUGACAAAAUCGGCGACAGUAUAGAUUAGAGAACGUGUAUAUGAUAUUGUAGUUGAGAUCAACAGGGGAAAGUAGAGGUCAACAGGCCACGUGAUGCGUAGAAGAGAUAAGCUGCUCAAAGAAGGAAAACGCAAGGGGGUGCAGAGGAGGCAGAUGUAGAAUGAUGAGGUUGAAGCGGAAUAGGGUCAAAUCAGAGAAUUGGGGAAUAAUUAUUUGUCCUUUGCCGAACUUAAAAUAAAAAAAAGACCGAUGGCAGCAUAACGCGUCUCGAAAUAAAUGUUGUCCAUUCGUGCCCUCUGACAUCUAUCGCUAUGUGGUCCCAUAUCGCUGCACACAGGCCGCGGGCCAUUUAGUAAAAUCAGGUCGCCGAGAAACGGAAAAGAGUCAAGCGUCGCGGCUCACCUCGUCCAGUUCAGUGAAGGGGCCCCCGACACGAGCCUCACCUCGUCUGUCACGCUGUCGUCAAGAAGAACGCUAACUCGCACAACUAUACGUCCACACCUUGUUGACUUCCCAACGCGAUAAAAAAAAAAAAAAAACGACAGUAUAUACUAGAAGCGAAGCUCGAGAAACGCGAGGGCGCCUCGUUUAGGGAAGCCCCGUCUAUAGUGUGCGUGCGCGAAAUGACGCGGGUCAAACGACUACUGCGGAGAAGGGGGUGUCACCGGAAAGGAUCAUCGACGCUGCAUACGGUAAAACAAUAAACGCGGGCGGCGGCCCGUUGUGUGUGCUCUUCGAUACAGCGCCCGCGGCCCAGCGCCAGCUCGCGCGGACCCGCGCGGGCAGCCGCCGCAGGCCCCGGGAGUCGGGGCCUCUCAUCUCUCGCCUUCCAACCGCGGACGGGCCCCCCGUAAAUCAGGCGCGCAAGCAGCGCCUCGCCGCGCCGCCGUCGGCGCGAUCGUCCCGCGAGGCGGUACGCGCGGGUCCGGCCCACGGCCUGGGCGGUCCCCCCGUAGGCGGGGUCCAAUGGGCCCGCUCGGCCUUCCGGCGCCGCUCACCGCCACCGCUCUCCGGCAGCAGAGCGCACCAUGUUCCCGGCGCGGCAGGAAGUUGGGCCCGCGGCGGCGGCGGCCGCCUUCCAAUACGCGGCGGCCACCUGCUACCCGACCAGCUGCUCGCCGCCCCCGCAGUACGCCGGCUUCGGACCCGCCGUGCACGGGGGCCUGGUGGACGCCGUCGACUGGACCGGGGGAGGCUACCGCUACGACGACUGGGCCACCCUGCAACAGCAGCAGCAGCAACAGCCCACGGCGCAGGGCCUGUACGGAGGCUACGCGGCGGUGCCCGAACCCCCGACCACGAGCCCGGACUCCGGCCUGGCCCCGUCGGACCUGAGCGGCGGCACGCCCUCGCCGGGACUCGUGCAGCCGCAGCCGGUGUCCAGGCCGGCGCCGGCGCGGUCGCCCUACGAGUGGAUGAUGAAGCCCUCGUACCAGGUGCAGCCGAACCCCGCCGCCCGAUGUGCCCUCAACGGCGUCUGUGUUGCCAUCCCGUUUUCGGGAGUGGACGAAGCGGGCAAAACCCGGACCAAGGACAAGUACCGCGUCGUGUACAGCGACCACCAGCGGCUGGAGCUGGAGAAGGAGUUCCACUACAGUCGGUACAUCACCAUUCGGCGCAAGGCGGAGCUAGCGGCAAUGCUGGGCCUAAGCGAGCGGCAGGUCAAGAUCUGGUUCCAGAACCGGCGCGCCAAGGAUCGCAAGCAGGCCAAGAAACAGGAGGAGAUGCUGCACCGAGAGCUGGUCAAGGCAGAGCCCGUUCCUACCGCCACGUUGCCGCCUUUCUCGGCGGCGGCGGCGCCCACCGACGGCUACUCAUAGUACAUGCACGCCGUGGACACACCCUCCCUCUCUGCCGCGGGCGGCCCUUGCCAACGUAUAGUUUCGUACGAAGACCGCUAGGAGAGAAAUCUGGCGCUGGUGUACGUGCGGGGCACCGACGUUACAAUGAACUAUUCUAGUUCAGUGUACCGACGUCGCGUUUCAAAUCCGCCUGCAAGGGGUUUAAAGGUGGGAAUAAGCAGACGGUACGUGGAUUUUCCUCGUCAUUCACCAUAGGGCGCGGAAAAGGAGUUGCUGAGGGAAGAUAACGAUCUCGAAAUAAGAAUGAGCACAGACUCGGCGUAGUCGAAAGCAAAUUUUCCGCUAUGCAGACGACAAGAGCCCGUGUAUCGGCUGGUGAGUUCAUUACGGCUUUUCGCUCUAGAUGGGAAGUUCAACUCGGUAGGAUGAAGAGUCAAAAUUAGCAGGUGUGUUGUUUCAUUAUGCAUGCAAGCAUUCCGAGGCUGAUUUAGCGUGCACUCUCGGUGAAGCCAAGCCGAAAGAAAGAAAAUUGUUGCGCCUGCCUACGGUUACCGUAACGAGUGAACGACUGCACGGCCAGGCUGUUUUCAAGUAAUCUUUGUACGAAACUAUAAGUUUCUCCACGGACGCGCAGGCCAACGGGGCUCAUCGUGCAAUGGACAAUGUGCGCACCUUUCGAGAUGGCGCCGUGGUGGAGAACAGGACUCUUAUUCUGUGCACGGACACGUGGUGCCACGGACUACAAAUUACGGCGUGUUUAUACGGACCACUUUAUGGGCACGCGAUGACUUGUGUGGCGACCUCUGAGCACUGUUCUUUGCAUGUGGCAGCGGACAACCGACAGUGCGCGAACGUGCGCCUCACCACGAGGCAGUGCUGUGCGCAGUUCCAUCGGGUAAUAACGUUUUUGUUUUCAGUGUUUGUGAAACUAAAUGCAGUUUGCGCUCAUUA